CGAGAGCUCUUCCCAUUUUCUCAGUCAAGUCAGUCAUGUUGGUGAAGUUAGUUCAAAUCAUUAUGCUUUUCGCCAGCUUUAAGCUUGGCUUUUCCUAUGAAAUAUAUACUACCCAAAUAGAAAGUGGAAAUCCCAACAAUGUGUCUAUCCACUCGUUUCCCUUCAUUGAGAUCGGAGGUGGCUUCUAUUACUUUGGACAGGAUAAAGUGAAUUGGUACACAGGCUAUGAGAACUGCCGAUACUUGAAUUCGGAAUUGGUGACUUUCGAAACCAACGAUGAGUUUGAUGCCGUUGCUGCGUAUUUAGUAAGCAAGGGAGAUCGCUCCGAGCACUGGACAUCCGGCAUUGACCUGGCAAAAACCGGCACCCACACUUGGUUUACCAAUGCUCAGCCCCUAAGAAUAACUAGGUGGGCCCCUAACCAACCAGACAAUGCUGGCGGUAGAGAGCAUUGCAUACACCUGGGCUACGUAUACGGCCACUCCACGGAAAUCCAACUUAACGAUCGACCCUGCAAUAACGAUAAUAACAGCUUAUUUAAAUAUGUUUGCGAGGCUCCAAAGCAAGAAACUAUUUCAAUUGUUGUUUGGAAGUAGGGGUGUGAAUUAAAACGGAUGUAUAUAAAAAUGUGUUGUCUAAAAAGCUUA